AAUAUAAACUUUCAUAUGCACAUUUUAUUUUUGUAGAUAAAUUUUUCUGCUAUCUGAUAAUAGGUAAUAUUUAAUUGAAUUGUGUCAUCUCUCAACCAUUUACAAUGUCAAGAAGAAGCACAAGAAUCACUGCUGCUGCUUCAAGUGAAAAUAUAGGAAUGCCAUCAGCACAAAGUCACAUCUUACCUAACAUUGCAGCAGCUACUGCUGGUUCGAAUCAAUAUUUUCAAAACUACUACAGCCAUCCUGCUAAUACUAGACUACUGAUUGGAAAUCUGUCACAAACUGGGGGAAAGAGACAUGGAUCUGUUGGGCGUGCAUUGCCGAAGCCACCAAAAGCACCUGAAAAGCCGUUGAUGCCUUACAUGAGAUAUAGCAGAAAGGUGUGGGAUGAUGUGAGAGCAAAUCAGAAUAAAAAUCAAGAUUUAAAAUUGUGGGAAGUUGGAAAAAUAAUUGGACAAAUGUGGAGAGAAUUACCAGCAACUGAGCGACAACAAUAUAUGGAUGAAUAUGAAAUUGCAAAAGUGGAACAUGUUGAACUGUUGAAGGCAUAUCAAUUAUCACCAGAAUAUCAAACAUAUCUACAAGCGAAAUCUAGAGCUGAAGCAAUCAUGGCUGCUACUGAAGGAUUAGCAGACAAAGACGAUGCUUAUAUGAGCAUUGAACCUAUUGAUGAAACUGUUGAGGAUUCAGAUAUGUGCUACUCUGUGAAGCAUGUUGCAGCUGCUAGAUUCCAACGUAACCAUCGAUUAGUCAACGAUAUAUUGGGUGAAGCAGUACAUGUACCUAGUACUUGUGUUGUGGUGACAUCGCAAAGACUAAAUGUUUUGAAAAAUCAAGUGCAAUCAUUAGAGCUACAUCAAAAAAAACUUGAGACUGAACUUGUUCAUCUUGAAGAAUCACACAUCAUAAAGAAGAGAAAGUGGAUUGAUCAAGCUAAAGAAUUUGGCAAGGAAAUGAAAAGGUUACGCGGAAUUACACCACAAGAAUACUAUAAAGAAUACAAACAAAAACAACAAAAUGCUGCUGCCCAACAAAAACAAUUAGAAGAAGCUAGAAAAGAGAAAAUCGCAAAAGAAAAAGCAGAGGAAUCUAAAAAAGAAGAACAAAAGGAAAAAACUGGAAGUACAACGGAACUGGAAAAGAAAAGUAGUGAGGAAAUUACAGAAACUACUGAUAAGAAGGAAACACCAGACAAGAUCGAAGAAUCCGAAUCUAAAACAGAAUCACCUUCAAUCACAAAAGAGGAGAAAGAUAAAGAGGAAGAAACGAUGGAAGUUGAGGAAUCAAUUACAAAUGAAUCGAAGGCCGAUAAUAAAGCUGAAACAAAUGAAGAUGAGGAACCUGACACAGAACAUAAAAGUACAACAGAAAAAACUGACCAAUCCGAAGCUGAAGAGAAAUCGGAAAAGGAUUCAGAAGAGAAACCAACUGAACAGAAAUCAGAAACAGAGGAUUCCCAGAAUUGACUUUAAGGAAAUCCUAUGUCUUUUGAUGUAAUGGUAGUUCACUGAACUUGCGGCUGAUGGACUUGAGGUGUAGCACCAGACUCUUAUUUUGAUAACAUGCUUUGUUGAUGUAAUAAACAAAUUGCCAAUUGGGAAUUGCCAAGGAUUAGCACGACCAUGUGAUAUUAACUGAUUGAAAUGAAAAUUACCUGAGAAAGAA